GACAUAAAAACUAAGAGUGUAUUGUUUGUUAUUGUCAUGCAAAUUUCUUGGUAACAAAACAUAAAGAUUGUGUUUGAAAUAAGAAAUGUAUGAGACAUGACAGAGGAUACAUAGAAGCUACUAACAUUGUUGUUUGAUAUUAUUAACCAGAGAUGGAGUUACACAAGUGAUUCUUCAAUUAAAGAGUGUCAAGUGAUAACUCUAUCAAAGAUGUGGAGUUCAAAAGUAUGCAGCAAGAAACAUACGCAUUCAUUUCGAUGCCAAGAUCAAAUUAGUCCAAACCAUAAGAAAAAACAUCAUGACAGAACAAAGAACAAUAACAAUUUUGUGAUAAGGGAGGUUCCAAUACAGAAACUCUUCAAUGUAGAGCAUUGUACUAACAAUAAUGGUAGAAGAGACUUUUCGGAUUGCGUGGAACGAAAGAAUUAUUCUUCUACAGACAUGAAUGGCACCGACUAUGAUACGCCGGAGCUGGUUGUUUUUAUUCAAGAGGAUCGUCAUCAGCAAUACGUGAAGGACAUUUGCAUUGACAGGAGAAUUUCAUCGGAAACGAAAUAUGAUAUGAAUGAAAGAAGUGAUUUAAAUCUAGGAAUCAUGGAAACAAUGUCGAACAAUUCGUUUCGACCGAAAUGCGCGUCUCAACAUCCUUCCUUUAAGGAAGCUAUGAAAGUGCAUGGUUUCAGAAACUUGAUGAAAAGUGAAAUGGAACUUUCUUUAGGAGACAGGUUUCCAAUUGAUCAUCGCCUCACAAAGAAGACAUCAUCGGAGACACUUCGAGAGGCAUUCAAAAGGGAAAGAAACUUGACGAGGUCCUUUGAGAAUUGGCAGAGAAGUUCGAUUCCACCACAUUGCAGAAACUGUGCACAAGUGAAUGACAGAAACAUGUAUAGACCAGAUAUAAGUUACUUACAAAGUCUAACAACAAUUUCUGAACAAAGAAAAGUUGAUUAUUCUCAAGAGAUUUCUAAUAAUGUCUCAGAAUUUCAAUCUGGUUCAACACCAUGUAUCUGUCAUGCAAAGAACUCUAGCAUUGCCUCUCACCAAUCUAAUGAUAGCAUAGGCAGUGCAAAUUCAUUUUCUUUUCCUAUAUUACCUGUGGAAUGGGUUGGAAGUCCGGUGAAAAUGAUGGAAGCUGAUAAAAGUCAAUCAACAAAGCAUGGAUGGGGGAAGAUAUGGUUACCAUGUUGUUGUGAUUAGCAUGCAUUGUGUUGGGAGUGAGAACUUCAUCAAAUCUUUUGGUCUGGAUUUUUUUUGUAUGUGUCAUUAGAAUGAUAUGCAAAAAUUUACUAUGUCAUGUUUAUUCCAUUGCUUCAUAUAGGGAAAAGAAAUCAUCUACUAUGACUUGAAUUUUUCAACAGAGAGAGAAGGACAAUGAAUGAAAUAAUAACAUUUUA